GCCCUAAAUUCAAGGCAAAAGACGGCGGUGAAGACCCUCGUCUAUAAAACCUCUGUUUCCUCGUCGGGAAAUUCUGACCGUUAGCGCCGGGCUGCCACUCCCGCAGAUUCGGGUCCACCUAAGCGAGCUUCGAAAGCGGCCAAUCAGCAUCACGGCACUUUCCCGCGUUUGGUUCGAAACCUCUGCCGUUGCAUCGCCCGUCCCUCAAAUCGGACUUGGGCACAUCCAUGCAUCACAAUCAUCAGCCUGUCAGGCUCGCAUUGUUGGUCUCCCGGACUUCAAUCGAAGCUGGGAUCUCACUGCUCAGUCACUGCAACAGUCUCGUCCUGUUAGAAACGGAAAAAGCAGCAAUCGAAUCUCCUUCUUGAGGGUAUUCGUCAAUGGUCGUCAUCCGGCGUAUUCAUGUCGCAUUCUCCAGUGGACAAGACAGGGGUCUUUGGAGCCAUGAGUCGUAAGUGUUGAGAAAUUGGAAAGGAGAGGGGUUCAGCUGCCGAGUUGCGCUUUGUUAAGUUCUGUUGUAGAAGUGAGAAAUGGUUUUUAAGCGGAAGUCUGCCGGUCGUAAUGGUGAUCAACCGAGGAAAAGAGGACGAUGGGCGAAACGAUCCCCUGUGGCUGAAGAGAAAGACGAGGCGAAAGAGCAGGCGAAAGAAGUGAUAGAGCAGGUGUCAGGAGAAGGCACAGCUGCUGCUCCACUCAAAAUCAAAGAAGAUGAUGUUGCUGCAGAUGAGAAAGGACAUGCCGAAUCGCCCGUUUCAGUGCUGUGUGACGAGGGAGUAUCUGUGGCAACCGACGACGUAGUCGUUACAGAGAAAAUGUUGGAGGAAGAAAAGCGUCUCGCGGAGAUCAGAGCCGCUGAAGAAGCUGCGGAGGCAGAAGCACUGUUAAAAGCUGCACCUGACAUGGACGAAUCUUCAUUCAGCAAACUCGAUCAGCUCCUUAAUCAAACGAAGAUGUAUUCGGAGUUUCUUCUUGAGAGAAUGGAUGACAUUGCCCUGGCUCCUGAUGAACAAGAGGAAGGCGGAAAAGGGGACGUCAAAGACACAGAGAAGAAAGGAGGGGGCCGGAGAGGAGCGGCUGGCAAGGCUAAAAAAGCAAAAGAAGCGAAAGAGGCCAUGGACGCUCAAAUUGCUAGAGUAGAGGGAGAAGCUGAGGAAGAGGUAGUGUUGGAGGAUACGAAGUUUAUGACCGAAGAGGAGCGGAAUUACAAGGAGCAACAGGAGAUCUGCCCGCUUCUUACCGGAGGGAGGUUGAAAGGCUAUCAACUGAAGGGUAUAAAGUGGAUGAUUUCCUUGUGGCAAAAUGGCCUCAAUGGGAUUUUGGCUGACCAGAUGGGGCUAGGAAAAACGGUGCAGACGAUUGGUCUUCUUUCUCACUUGAAGGGGAAGAAGAUGCAUGGCCCAUUUUUGAUUGUAGGGCCUCUCUCGACACUAUCCAAUUGGGUCAGCGAAAUCAAAAGAUUCGUGCCAUCAAUGAAUGUUCUUUUAUACCAUUCAUCGGAAGGGAGAGUUGGUCGUGAGAAGCUCCGUAGACAGCACAUGCCCACUAGUGUGCCGAAAGAAUCCUUUCCAGUCAUUGUCACUUCUUUUGAGGUAGCCAUGAACGAUAGAAGGUUUUUAGCCAAGUAUAAGUGGAAGUAUAUCAUUGUGGAUGAGGGACACAGGCUCAAGAACUGUGAUUGUAAGUUAUUGAGAGAACUCAAGCAGUUGUCGGCCGAGAACCUACUGUUGUUGACGGGAACACCCCUUCAGAAUAAUUUGCCAGAAUUGUGGUCUUUGUUGAACUUUAUUCUUCCUAAUAUCUUCACCUCACUUCAAGAAUUUCAAUCCUGGUUCGACAUUGCUGGAAAAGCUUCUGGAAAUAACAACGCGCUAGAGUCGCGGAAAGUUCAGGUGGUAUCCAAGCUACAUCAUAUAUUGCGGCCUUUCUUGCUGCGACGUCUGAAGUCUGAAGUUGAAAAAUCUUUGCCUAAGAAAAAGGAAAUAAUCCUGUACACACCAAUGACCGAGAAGCAAAAGGCAUUCAAUGACCAUCUUGUGGCUAAGACACUCAAUGAGUAUUUUGCUGAGAAAGGAAACAGUUCUGGGGCAAUGUUGAAGGCACAGCUCAACAGUGUAUGCAUGCAACUUCGAAAGAACUGCAAUCAUCCAGAUCUCUUCCAUUCUCACUUUGAGGACGAUAUUAACUAUCCUCCUGUGGAUGAGUUAGUAGCACAGUGUGCCAAAUUUAAGCUCAUGGAUCGGUUGCUGGUUAAGUUAAGAGAAAGGGGUCACAAGGUCCUUAUAUUUUCUCAAAUGACCAAGAUUCUUGACUUACUGGAAUACUACUUGGAAGAGCGAGGCCAUAAUCCUUGCCGAAUAGAUGGUGGUGUGCAACAGAGUGUUAGACAGGAACAGAUCAGAAGUUUUAACGAGGAAAAGUCGAGGUUUGUCUUUUUAUUGAGUACCCGAGCGGGAGGGCUCGGUAUCAAUCUCACUGCCGCAGAUACUGUUAUCUUAUAUGAUAGUGACUGGAAUCCACAUAUGGACAUGCAAGCCAUGGAUCGUUGUCAUCGAAUUGGACAGACCCGCCCUGUUCAUGUGUAUCGGUUGGCAACUGCAAAGUCUGUAGAGUGCCACAUGCUGAAGGUGGCAACUGGCAAGUUGAAGCUAGAGCACCUUGUGAUCGAGAAAGGUCAUUUUAAACAGGAAAAGGAGCCCUCGAAGACUGUCUUGCAGGAAAAGGAUUUGGUGGCUAUUCUUACAUGCAACCAAGGCGAAGAAGAGGAAUACGUGCAAAGCAGAGAGAUAAGCGAAGAGGAUCUGGCGAUUGCUAUGGACCGUAGAGAACUAGUAAUCGGCACUGAGGAGUGCAUCAAACAGGGAAUACCAUUACUCCCCAAGAGAGGUCCUGGCUGGGAAGAAGUAUUCCAAGGUGGUUCGGAUGGUAACCUUCUUUCGUCCAUAGAAGGCUACAGGAAGGUGGCUCAGACAGCAGCUGCAAGUUGAGUCAGUAAUGUAGCAGGAGGCGAAUUUUGUAUUGUAAAACACUGUUGGUUUGACUGUUUUGGCCACUGAUAGCUCCCAGACCAUUUAUUGUAGCUGGUUGUAAGUACCCAUAUUAUUGUCUUGCUCCUGACGUCACUCAAGGUGGUCUUGAACCACUGACAAGCAAUUCCGUCGCCAGCCGUGAGAGGGAAUUGAACUUAAUCCAUGAGUGUCUUCAAGCUGUCUUUGGAAGGUUUCUGUAGUUUCUUCCAUUGUGGUUUGACAUGCUGCACUCUCAUUCACCAAACAUCUUUUUUCCUUCCUAUCAAUUCAUCUUUUUUACCGAACU